CAGGGGCAUUUCUUUCCACGUACGCUGGGGUGUGGCAACUAUUCAAUAUGAACAUAAUGUAGUUACAAUUAGAGUGUCGGCUAUCGCGUGUUCACAAGUUCCCGGCCGCGCGACAGAACAGAAAUGUUUGCCACAUGUACUCACCUCUCAUCUCGGGAGAGAAAAUAUAGUAAUUAGUUAUAUAACCUCGAUUAAAAUUCCGCGGCAAUGCAUUCGACCAGAUGGUGACAGUGGCAAAGCAAAGUUACUUCCCCCGCUGUCGGACUAUUUCUAA